UAACAGCACUAGAGACCUUGUACAAAGUCUUAUGAAGGAAAUUGAUCCAGAUGGUUGUGAAUUGCGAAAAAGGAGAAAGUUAAGACGCCGAAGUUACUGGAGCCUGGGGCCUAACCAUACCUGGCACAUUGAUGGGUAUGACAAGUUGAAGGAUUUUGGAUUCCCAAUCCAUGGGUGUGUGGAUGGAUACAGCCGCAAGGUCAUGUGGUUGCACGUUUCAAGAUCAAAUAAUGACCCAUCUGUAGUACUACGUUUCUACUUAGAUUGUGUUGAAGAAAAUGAAGGAUGCCCUCUUAUAGUGCAGAGUGACUGUGGUACAGAAAAUGGCAAUAUUGCUGCAGCACAGUGCUAUUUCCGUGUAGAUGCUAUGGAUGAGUAUGCAGGAGAAAAAGCUCAUAGGUAUGGUGAAUCAAAGCGAAACCAGCGCAUUGAAGCAUGGUGGUCUUGUUUUAGAAAAUCCAGAUCAUCAUGGUGGAUAAACCUCUUCAAAGAUCUCAUGGAUAGUGGUCAAUUUGAAUAUGAAAAUGUGAUUCACAAAGAAUGUAUGUGGUUUGGUUUUAGUGAUAUUAUUCAGGAAGACCUUAACUACACAAAGGCCCUGUGGAACAAUCACUACAUUCGUUCAUCAAGGCAUGAGACUGUUCCAGGACGGCCAGAUGAGUUGUAUUACGUACCAGAACGUCAUAAUAGUGAAGAUCAAAAACAGCCUGUUGAUCCUGAAAAGCUUAAUGAGGUCAGACAACAUGUUACUGAUCCAAUAGAUCAAGGUAAUCAGGAUAUCCAGGAGUACUUUAACUAUGUUUGUACAUCAGAAGGAUUAGAAAAGCCUACUGAUUGGAAAAGUGCUUUGGAUUUAUAUGCAAUUUUAAAACAAAUAGCUGAACAAGAAUAGCUAAACUUGAGUAACAGUUUUUAUUUAAAACACAACAUUUCAGUCAAACUAAUUAGA